CGCAGACAGAAAAGGGUUUGUUUGUUGUGAGCGGCUGUUGGCUGUCGGCGGAGCUUAUAGCCCGGCUGGCUGUCAGCUAGUAGCAGGCGAAUCUGGGGAUCCACUGGGGGAGAGAGAGAGGGGGAUCUUGUACAAAAAAAAAAAACCUUCCUAAUCAUGGCUACAGCAACCAUAUCCUCUUGCACUGGCUCGACCCUGCUGCAGCCAAUUAGCGAUAUCAUCAGUCUCCCUAUAGACCAGGUCAACUUUGUGGUUUGCCAGCUGUUUGCCUUGCUCACGGCCUUUUGGUUCCGACUUUAUCUCCAUCCAAGCAAAACCAGCACUUUCGUCCGACAUGUCGUGGCUACACUUCUGGGCUUUUAUCUUGCACUAUUUUGCUUUGGGUGGUAUGCCUUACACUUCCUUAUUCAAAGUGGGAUUACAUACAGCAUGAUGAUCUUUUCAGGAGUUGAGAACAUGCACAAGUACUGUUUUGUAGCUGCUCUGGGAUACCUCAGCUUUUGUCAGAUCACGCGGGUCUACGUCUUUGACUACGGCCUGUAUUCUGCAGACUUUACUGGACCAAUGAUGAUAAUUACACAGAAGAUCACAAGUCUGGCGUUUGAAAUUCAUGAUGGAAUGGCAAGGAGGGGAGAACAGCUGACGCCGAGUCAAAGAAGCUUAGCUGUAAGGAGAAUGCCAAGUUUGCUGGAGUAUUUAAGUUACAACUGCAACUUCAUGGGUAUUUUGGCAGGACCCACCUGCUCUUACAAAGACUAUAUCAGUUUCAUCGAAGGCACAGCCUAUCACCAGAAACACUUGGAAGCAAACGGGAAAGAAAAUGGAAAGUACAAACAGAGCGAUCCUUCACCGAAGACGGAUGUGAUUCACAAGCUGGCGGUGUGUGCAGUCUCUCUCCUGGUAUAUCUGACGGUCUCCAGAAGAUUUACAGUGGAGCGCAAUGUGGAUGACGUCUUCACUGCCUCAACACCGGUCUACACCCAGGUCCUUUAUCUCUACUUGUCUAUGCUGGCGACCAGACCAAAGUACUACUUUGUGUGGACUCUUGCGGACGCAAUCAACAACGCAGCGGGAUUUGGCUUUAAUGGCUAUAACAAAGAUGGAUCGCCGCGAUGGGAUCUGAUCUCGAACUUAAGAAUAGUGGACAUAGAGUUUGCCACCAGUUUUAAGAUGUUUCUUGAUAAUUGGAAUAUACAAACUGCACUCUGGCUCAAAAGGGUCUGCUACGAGCGAUGUCCGUACAACCCCACGGCCGCCACCUUCAUUCUGUCAGCGAUGUGGCACGGCGUGUAUCCAGGAUAUUACAUCACGUUUCUGACUGGCAUAUUAAUGACGUUAGCUGCACGUGCAGUGAGUACCAAACACCCCAAGGUUAUGUUUUAAACACAGUGAAUGGACUGGGGGUUAUGAAAUCCCACUUCUUUUUUGAAUUAUGUGGGAAUAUAGUAAGAAGUCUAAAUAAAUGUAUUUUAGAAAAAUCUGUGUAAACACAAAGAAGUCAUUAAAUGAGAAGCAGUCAGAGUAAAAUGUUCAUUAAAUCAGAAAAAUGUUGAAAGUAAAAAUUUCAAAAUUCCUUAAUUAAAAAGGUAGAUCUAAGUUGGGGUAUAACUUCAGGCUGUCAAAAUGUGUCUUAAAUAAUGGCACGUCCUGACCAGAAAUAUCAAUUAUCCAGCUUUAGAAUCUAGCAAUGUCGAGGCUCUUGGGAAAUGCCAGUCUGUCUUCGUAAUACUGCUGAUGAAUAAGAUCUCUUUUCUGAAAGUGAAAUUUAAGGCACAAGAAAGGAAACACUUGAAAGCAGUGAGCCCAGUCAAUCUGCAAAGGUAAUAUCUGUCUGAGGCUAAUGAACCGUCAGACGCUGUUGUUGAUUUAAAAUGGAUUUUAACCCCAUGGAUGACAGUGUUCACAUGAGCCAUAUACAACACGAGUGUGUUUGAAAAUAUAUAAAUACAUUACAGUUUAAACUAGGCCUAUUACAGCUUUUAAAAAUGAUUAGAAUAUGAUGAUAUGAUUUUAUGGUGCUAUCGUGUUAUUGUACUUAGCUAUACUGAUAAAAAUGUGUACAGGGAUUUUUUUAAUUCAGUAUUGCUCAGUGGUCCUACUUAAUAGAUAAUGGCACCAUGAUCAGUAAUAGCUGAAAUAAUCUGUAAACAUUGUACAGCUCAUUUGGCGUCUUGACAAGACUUUGAAUUUGGUGUUCUUUUCCAGCGUAAAAAAUAGAUAUCCCUGCUUUUUAAACUUUUUAAAGGGUCUUUAGACUUAGUCUUUUUUUAAUUUUAUGAAGCACGUAAAAAACAACAAAUGAGCAGAUUAAUGG